UCAAAACCCUCACUCACUUCUCUUCUCUUCUCUCUCAGAGCCGCUUUCUGGAGAGACUGUCUCUCUCUCUCUCUCUCUCUCUCAACAGAAAAACCCAACCCAGAUAAAACCCUAACCUCUCUUUCCCUUCCUCCUCCUGCAUCGUCGUCAAGUUUUACUUUUUCGAGUUCGCGUUAGCGUCUUCUCAUCUGGGUCGUCUUCACUUUUCGCUGCAAUGGUCCCUGCUUCGCGAACCGAAGGUGGCACUGGAACCAACGCACUCUCUGCCAAGGUGAGAAAAACCAUCCAAUCCAUCAAGGAAAUCGUUGGGAAUCAUUCCGAUGCUGAUAUCUAUGUCGCCCUCAAGGAAACCAACAUGGAUCCUAAUGAAACCACUCAGAAAUUGCUUAACCAAGAUACAUUCCAUGAGGUGAAGAGAAGGAGGGACCGAAAGAAGGAGACUCAGAAUGUUGAGAACAAGGUUUCAGCUGAACCACGGAAGAAUGUUGAGAACAAGGUUUCAGCUGAACCACAGAAGAAUGUUGAGAACAAGGUUUCAGCUGAACCACGGAAGAAUGCUGAGAACAAGGUUUCAGCUGAACCAUGGAAGCAUUCUGAGAAUGGUGGUCAAGGAAUGAAAGUUCAUACCCCUUAUGAACGUAAUGUUCGAAAAACAAACUAUUCUCGCAAUACUUUACCUGGCGUCAGCAGAGAGUUUCGUGUUGUCCGAGACAACAGAGUAAAUCAAAUAUAUAGAGAAGUAAAGCCUCCUUCACUGCAACAUUCAACGUCAACGAUUGAGCAAUCAACAGUGAGCACAUCUGAAAAGGGCUCAUCAGCCCACGCCAAUCAAAGUUCAUCUGGUGCUAGGAAUUCUCAGGCUCCAAAUGGUCCUUCUGACGCACACACUGGGCAGUCAAAAGAUGCAGUUUCUAAUGUCAAGAAAAUUACUUCUGAGGAGAAGCAAGGUGUGAUUUUGAAUGCUGCCGCACGAGUGCAACCAAUUAAGCCUAAUAAGACCCAUCUAAAUUCUUCCACAAUGGUAUCAACCAGUUCUGCUAUUGGGGUGUAUUCCUCUUCAACGGAUCCAGUUCACGUUCCCUCUCCGAAUUCCAGAUCAUCGGGUGUUGUUGGAGCAAUUAAGCGUGAAGUUGGGGUGGUUGGUGUUGCUCAGCGGCAGUCUUCAGACAACAAAGCGAAGCAAUCUUUUGUUCCCAGUAGUUCUAAUUCUAAUUCUCUUAUUGGAAAAGAUGGUACAUCUGCAAAUUCAUUUCAAUCAAUUGGCGUCAUCUCAAAGAGGGAACAAUUGAGUCAAACUAAUGUAACUGAACCCUCAUUCCCUGGCAUUCCAGUUGGCAGACCAACCUUUAACAAUCAGUAUAAUAGUAGGCCGCAUCAACAACUCGCGGGACAUCAGAGAGUUUCCCAGCAUAAUAAAGAGUGGAAACCUAAAUCAAGCCAGAAGACAAGCAACAGUCCUGGAGUGAUUGGAACACCUAAAAAAUCUGCUUCACCUCCAGCAGAAAAUUCUGAACAUAAAGAAUCAGAUAUAGCAGAGCUUCAAGAUAAACUUUCCCAAGCAAAUAUAUUUGAGAACCAAAAUGUGAUCAUUGCACAACAUAUCCGAGUUCCAGAGACUGAUCGGUGUCGACUGACCUUUGGUACCAUUGGGACAGAACGUGAUUCUUUGAUGGAGCAAUCUAAGGAUCAAUUAAUACAAGCUAGCGAAAUGUCAAAUGUGGAAUCAACUCCAAGCUUGACAGUACCUGCUCAAGAGUUGUCCGCUGACGAUGUUUCUAGGAGCAAGCAGGUGGAUCUACGGGAUGAUCAUAUCAGAAGUUCUGGGUCGGACUCUCCAGCAUCUGCGACUGCUGCUGAGCAACAUUUGCCUGAUAACAAAGAAUCCUCAAACCCACAGAUUCUUGAUACUUAUGUCAAUAUUGGAUUGGUGCGUGAUAGUAGUCCGUCUUAUGCACCUUCUGAGCCACAGCAGCACAAUUCUCAUGACAUGCCAGGCUUCUCGGCAUAUGACCCUCCAACUGGUUAUGACAUUGCUUAUUUCAGACCCACAAUGGAUGAAUCUGUAAGAGGACAGGUUCUGUCUCCCCAGGAGGGUUUGAGCUCUCAUGCAUCACACAAUAUUCCCGCGUCCUCAAUUUCCAUGGUGCAACAACAGCAACCUCCAGUGGCACAGAUGUAUCCACAAGUUCAUGUUUCACAUUAUGCUAACCUUAUGCCAUAUCGGCAGUUUCUGUCCCCAGUCUACGUUCCACCUAUGGGUAUGCCAGGAUAUUCAAAUAGUGCUCCCUAUCCUCAUCCAGCAAAUGGCAGUAGUUACUUGAUGAUGCCGGGAGGGGGUUCUCAUCUUAAUGCCAACAGCCUUAAAUAUGGAGUUCAGCAGUUCAAACCUGUUCCUGCCGGAAGUCCUACAGGAUUUGGAAAUUUUGCUAAUCCAACUGGGUAUGCCAUGAUAGCUCCAGGUGUGGUCGGGGGUGCAACGACUUUAGAAGAUUCAUCUCGAGUCAAGUACAAAGAUAAUCUUUAUGUCCCAAAUCCUCAGGCUGAGACAUCAGAAAUCUGGUUGCAGAAUCCAAGGGAUCAUCCCGGUGUGCAAUCUACUCCAUACUAUAACAUGCCCGGGCAAACCCCUCAUGGUGCUUACAUGGCUUCACACACUGGUCAUGCUUCCUUCAAUGCAGCAGCUGCAGCUCAGUCUUCUCACAUGCAGUUCCCUGGCAUGUAUCACACUCCUCCACAGCCAGGUGCUAUGGCUGCUAGUCCUCACCAUUUGGGACCAGCAAUUGGCAACAAUGUUGGAGUUGGGGUGGCCGCAGCUGCUCCUGGAGCACAGGUUGGUGCAUAUCAGCAGCCCCAAUUGGGUCACCUCAAUUGGACAACAAAUUUCUGAAGGGGAUUAAAAAGUGAAUUUAACCCAAUUUCUGUACAAGGGACUGAAUUACUCAAGUAGAUAUAGAGAAGUUUCUGUUUCCAUUGUGAAAUGAAUAACUUAACUGUUUUUUUUUACAAAUGCAUGCAGGCAUUAAUUAAAUUUUCAUUC